UGAUUAUUGGUACAACUAGUUUCGCUGUUAAAAAUAUUUAUUCAUAUUAAACUUUGUACAAAAUCAGCUGACAACAUGUCAGCCAAUAGCUGCAGCAAAUACGCCACCAACAAGAAAAACAAAAGACUAGACCGCUAAGGUCAAAGGGUAGAAACCAGGAUCAUGAGUCGCCAGGAUGCAUCUUCCUCGCUGUCGAGAGGGGGACUUCGAUCAGCGGAAGGAGUGGCCGGCUCAAGAACAACAUCCUCUUAUGCAGCCGCAGCCACCGUUAGUAAAAUAUCCACCUCAACGCCACAGAAGAGCCACGAGCAAGAGCAGGAGUUCAUCAAUCGGAGUGUGGCCAGCGAAAUAGAUGCCGGCGACGCUCUGGCUUUGUCCAUGACUGUUGAUAGCAGCGUCUCAACGGCCUCUACCAUGAGUGGCAGCCCAGUGGCUAGACGUCAACUGAGCACAGCUAAUCUGCCCCGAACACGUCCCCAGUCUAGUUACUCGGCCCGGGUUCUCAUCUUUGACGAUUCAGAUCAGGAGGCUGCUACCGCAGCUGCUGCUCUAGAAGCCGCCUCGGUUUCCUGUCAUAGCAACGUAAAGUGCAGUGGCACAUCAUCAGGGAAGCUGUCGAUUGGAAACGAUAGCCCCAAUAGCUCCUCGAUGAUGAGAAACCUAAACCUAACCAAGAGCUCAUCCGGCGGCCUAUCAGGCAGCUCCAGCUCAUUGCACUCUCGUGGCUACACGGCUCUGCUCCGCAAGAUUUCAUAUGAGCAGCACAGUAACUCCUUGCGUGCCGUCAGCAGCGAAGCAUCCAACUUGCUGCGCAUGCGGCACUCCUCGCUUGGAAAGUCAGCUCCCUGUCUCACAGUCAACUAUUUCCGUCAUGAGCUGGCUGGUCCGUCCAUGGCUCAGGCCAAAAGCCAUUCAGCAGUUGCCUCGCCAGGCAACAACAUCUCGCGGUCUGGCAGCUGUGCGGGAAUUGGUCUGGUCAAACAUCAUCACCAUUAUCUCCAUGGUGUGGUGAUGCGUGGGUCGGCAGGUGGCGGGGCUGGCUCGGGCUCCACUGGUGGUGUCGCUCAUCACCGUCUCAGCCUGGUCACGAAUGCUUCUGCUGUCGCCUCGACCGUCGGCUCGCGUGCGCACUCUCCGUACUCGGCCAGUCCCGUGGACAGUCCGCGUCUCAAUUCGCCCAUGCCAUUUGCAUUUGCUCCCAUCAAGCGGAUCGCCUCAUGCCGUGGAGUGGUGGAUGGACGUCGUUGGUCUGUGGCAUCGUUGCCCUCCUCCGGUUACGGCACUACCCCAGGCAGCUCCAAUUUAUCGUCUCAGUGUUCUAGUCAGGAGGCACUAAACCAACUGCCGCACAACAUUCCGCCAUGUGUACAGGAUGCUGAUGCUGCCGCUGUUGCCUCCGGCGCCUGCUGUGCCGAGCAUCUCAGGCAGCACUGUCCCAGGCAUUGUGUUUUGUUGUUGGCCGCAGCCCAGAAGCAGCACAAGCAGCCCAAGUCAACUCAGUUGCCGCCGCAGAAACGCGUUGCAGGUUGCAUAAAUUGCUGUGCUGAUUUAAGCCUCGCCUGUAGCGGAAAGGGUCAGGAUAAUAGCAAUAGCUCAGACGGCGUCGCCCAAGGACGGUUGUCGCCCCAUUUUCGAUCACGCUCCCGAUCGUUAUCCAGCCCCUCGCGCUCGCCCAUUGUGGACAAUGAGAUUGCGGUGAUGAAUACUCUGUACAAGGAGCGGUUUCCCAAGGCCACCCAGCAGAUGGAGGAACGUUUGAAACACUUUAUUCAUGAGAAUAAAAGCGCUGCUUGUAGCAGCUUUCGGGACUCCCAGCCCAUAGUGCGGUUUGUGCAUCAUCAGGUGCUGGAAAUGGCCCGCGAUUGCCUACACAAAUCAGAGGCGAAGCUGAUUACCUCGCAAUAUUUCUACGAGCUGAGUGAGAAUCUAGAGCGAUUGCUGCUUGAGACCAAGGAGAAGUCACCGGAAGCAGCCGCCGAGUUGAGCGGGGUGAUAAAAAAACUAUUAUUGAUCAUCUCACGCCCGGCCCGCCUGCUCGAGUGCCUGGAGUUUGAUCCCCAAGAAUUCUACGAACUACUGGAGGCGGCCGAGGGUCAUGCCAUGGGUAUGCCCGUCAUUAAGGCAGAUAUACCGCAGUAUAUCAUUCACAAACUGGGCCUAAAUCGGGAUCCUAUUGCCGAGCUCCAGCAGGAAUUGCGGGAAACACAGCAGAUGUGCUCGGAGCAGGUCACAGUGGAUGCGGACCCACUGCAACAGGGCGGUUCCCUGCUACUCAACUCCCCUCUUACCAAUGCCGCCAAGCAGUUAAGCAGCUUGGCCCUGGAUGCCGUGGUUCUGGAUUAUCCCGUCCAUCCCAGUGGAACUAGUACACCACAGCAGCCGCCUCAAACGCCAGUGGCUGCGUGUGACUCACAACCUGCUCCCAGCUUCGCCUUGGCGGUUAGUCAGCUAAACGAGGCGGGAGAAGCAGCUGGAUCAGGCACUGGGACGGCAGCCUCGCAGCUCCAGAUAUCUACUGCAGGUCUACCACAGCCAUUACCACACGAAAACGACUUUGACAUUGCCAAGCUGAUCUCAAAUGGUGCUUAUGGAGCCGUAUAUUUGGUGAAGCACAAGACAACCCGUCAACGCUUCGCCAUGAAGAAAAUUAACAAGAAUAAUCUAAUUUUGCGCAACCAGGUGGAGCAGGUAUUUGCCGAGCGGGACAUACUGUCGUUUGCCGACAACCCCUUCGUUGUCAGCAUGUAUUGCUCGUUUGAAACGAAGAAACAUCUCUGCCUGGUCAUGGAGUAUGUUGAGGGUGGGGACUGCGGAACCCUUCUCAAGAAUAUUGGACCGCUGCCAGCAGAUAUGGCCCGGUUCUAUUUCGCCGAAACAGUAUUAGCAGUGGAGUAUCUACACAGCUAUGGAAUUGUCCAUCGCGACCUUAAGCCGGACAACUUGCUGAUCACUGCCCUCGGGCACAUUAAGCUGACCGAUUUCGGCCUCUCGAAGAUGGGCCUCAUGUCGCUGGCAACCAAUUUAUACGAGGGCUACAUUGACUCGGAAACCCGGCAGUUUUCUGAUAAGCAGGUGUACGGUACACCGGAGUACAUUGCCCCAGAGGUUAUCUUGAGGCAGGGCUAUGGCAAACCCGUCGACUGGUGGUCCAUGGGAAUCAUUCUUUAUGAGUUUCUCAUUGGCUGUGUGCCCUUUUUUGGCGAGACGGCCGAGGAACUGUUUGCCCAUACAGUCAACGAUGACAUAGAGUGGCCGGACAGCGAGGACUGGCCGGUUCAGUCGGAGGCGAAGGACAUAAUAACGCAAUUGCUGCAACAGAAUCCACGAGACCGAUUGGGAACCCAAACGGGUGCAAUGGAGAUGAAAGAGCAUGUAUACUUUCUCGGCAUGGACUGGAAUUCGUUGCUGCGACAAAAAGCCGAGUUUGUUCCUCAGCUUUCGCAUGAGGAUGAUACCAGCUAUUUUGAUACUCGCAUGGAUCGCUAUAAUCAUGAUCUGGCUGGAGAGGAUACAGACGACACGGACGAUACUCCCGUCUUCGGCAGCUUUAAUUCGUAUACGCCGCAAUAUAGGAAACAGCAUUACAGCUGGUCCCGCCAUGCAGCAUCCACAUCAACUACAACUGAUAAGGCAAAGGCCCCUCCACCCACCCUAGCAUGCCUGCCAUCACGUGCCCAGGUAAUGCCAAUUCCAGCGGCAGCGGCUGGCACCUCAACAGGCGCCUCGCCUAAACUCAGAACGGGAACAUCAGCAGGAGCAGCAUCCAACGAGGGAGCUGUCAACAAGUUCUUGAAUACGCCACAGCUGCGCCAAUUAGAUCUCUCCUCCAGCUGCUUAAAGGUGCCGUCUACCCCAGAUGCGGAUUUUUUGCCCUGUGAACUGUUCCACAACGUCACCAUUGGCAACGAUACUGAGCUACGGAUGCUUAAGCACUAUCUGCAGCAACCGACACCAGCUGCCACGCAGAAUUUACACCAACGACACAGCAUGCCACCAAACACAAUCUCAACCAACAUUAGUACACCGGCAACGCCUCCGCCGGCAUCUCAGACUCAUGCAGCAGGAACCAUAGGGACACCGGUGGGCAGCUUUUCCCGCAGCACCCCAGAGAGCUCGCAGACGGACAGCGAUGACUUCUCGCCGCAAAUCAAUCGCAAGCGAAAAGGAGUCUGUGCACGGGAUAUUCUACCGCGCUUCUCCAUUUCCAUUGAGGAUGAGACAAUUUCAGCGGGCAGCUCGUCCACUGAGAAUAUGAUGUUACCAAGAGAACAGUCGCCGCUGGCUUUGCAGCACCAGCCCAAGUCGAUGGACGGCGCCAGCAGUGGCAGCAUGAAACACCAUCGCUCAAGAUCUAUUGUCAAGUCCGCCUCAGCCUUAGGUCUCUCUCUGAUGACGUCACUGGACAAUAGUCAAUUGGCAGCACAGCUGUGUGGAAUUCAGUCACCAGGUGGAGGAGGAAACGGCUCCAGCACGGCAAGCUCCAGGGAUACAUCCCCUUGUCGAGAGCUGUCGCCGCUAGUGACCAGUUUGAAGCCGCCGAUUAUUAUACGACGAGGGCCUCGAGGUUUUGGCUUCACUGUCCACACAAUCCGCGUCUAUUAUGGCGACACGGACUUCUAUACGAUGCACCAUCUCGUCAUGGCCGUCGACGAGGGCAGUCCGGCCUUUGAGGCUGGCCUUCGACCGGCGGAUCUCAUCACCCAUGUAAAUGGCGAGGCCGUGCAGGGCCUGUUUCACACACAGGUGCUGCAGCUGCUCCUCAGCGGAGGCGAGCACGUCACCUUGAGGGCCACACCGUUGGAGCACACCAGCAUACAAAGCGGUGGCCGCAAGCGCGAUCUAAUGCAGAGCAAGCUGGCCAAGAAGGGCUUGAAUCGUCAGAAGAAGCAAACCAAAAGGGAGCACGAUAAGAAACGAAAAACCUCUCUGUUUCGCAGAAUAAGCAGCAAGCGUGCAAACGCAGAGAUGCAGCAGUUUUCCGUUGGCGCCAGCUCACCCACCACUCCAUCGGCCAGAAAAUUGUUGCCGCUAGACUCUUCGAAUCACAGCAGCAGCUGCUGCCAGUCGGCAGCAAACUCUUCAUCACAAUCCACUUCACCAUCGUCCUCGUCGCCCAACACGCCCACAGCCACCAGUGGUAAUGGAGGCACAAACAGUUCUUAUUGCGGAUCUGCCCCUUCCCCGGCUAUUCCAUCAGCUCUCUGCUUGCAAAUGCCCUUGUCCACGCCUCCUGCCCAGGUGGUGCUGCUCCCACAUGUGGGUGCUGCGGUUGGCAGCAGCCCCACCUCUGCGGGAAAUGUCGCAGUCUCUCCCACUGGAGUUGUUCCUCAGCUGUAUCAACGUCCAUCUACUCUACAUGGUCUUAAGCACAAGCUUCAUGCUGCCACCGCCGUGAUUGCAGGUGGAAACAACACCAGCAAUUCCUCCUGUGGAUUAAAGACCUUGCACACCUCGAGCAACAAUUCGCUGCCAAAUCGCAGGAAAUCUGUGGGUCACAUUCCGCUUUCCCCACUGGCACGUACACCAUCACCCUCGCCCUUGCCGUCGUCGCCUACGCGAUCCCCGUCUCCGCUGGCCUUUCCAUUAGUCGGCCAUCAGCCGGGGGCCUCCAAUACCACGCAGUCGUACAGUCCUGGGAGCACGCUUCCCACCUUGCAGGCGGCAGUGAAUGCCAACACCAAGAAGAGUGGUUUUGCUAGGACCAAAUCGGCUGAACCGAGCUCUCCUCUGUUGCGUCGCGCUUUGUCGCCGGAUCGACUGCACCCCCGCAGUGCCGAAACAAAGAUUUCGCCUCUCUGCUGCUCACCACCCAUCAAACAACCAACUCAUCAGCGGGUGGUGACCACCACAUGGAGGUCAACAUCAACACCCACUGGGGCCAAUGUUUCAUCAACUGGCGGAGGAGUAGUUGGAACAGGAGGCAACGGAACAACUGAGGAAUCACAACGACAUUCCGUGACAGGGACUGGUACAGGUGCUCCAAAAGUGGCAGGUGCGGAUCCAAGCUCGUCUGCCGUCGUUACGUUGACCAGCUGCGAUCUGCUGCCCCGAAUUGCCGAAGAGAAGGAUUCACCCACCAGCACUCAGGACUGCAGCAGUGUGACCGAGAGAUUUAUGCCCGCCAUAGAGGAGUAUACCGAGGGGGAGUCAUCGGCGCCCGCACAGACCCUAGAUAAGCCGGAAAAGAUAAAGGGCAACAAGCAGGAUCGGGAGACUGCAGGAACGGCUAAGAAAGUCGAGCUGGUUUCCAAACCCAAGCCCCAGAGCAGUGGCUGCAAAACUUCGAUGACAACUACAAAGCCGGCCAGCCCCAGUGUGACCAUAUCAACAGCACCACGCAAGGAUACCAUUUCUGGCUCGGCAACCGAAGCUCCCACAUCUGUAGCUACUUCCACCGUCAAACAAAAGAAGUAGCGCCAGAGAAAGGUGGAUGCGGAUGCCUAUGUUUUAAAUUUAGGCUUUAAAUGUUUGUCAGCAUAAUUAGUGAGGGAACCGCAGCCGAGGUGAAGAAGCAGCCGCAUAAAGGCAGUAUACGUAUAACAAAGGACUGCGUUUUAAUAUUUUUUCUAACUAAGCCUUUUUUUUUGGAAAACUCAUUGGUAGCAAUGAAGUUAAAUUGAACAUUUGGAAAAAUCGUAGCGUAAUCGACAGAAAGAGUGGGAAUAAGAAAAGCAAACUUGCCUUAAAACUCUAAAUAUUGUUAACGAAAAUUAACCGAGUGAACCACAGUCAGAUAUUUCAUUUAAAGCAAAUCAAAGAGGCGCCACCCCGAAAUAAUGUAUUGUAAAUAAAUGUAUAACAUUGAUAGAUCUAAUCAUAUUUGGAUGAUAAUGAAAGAAAACAGUCAUCUUGAGCGAGGUGCAUGGAAUGCUAGGUAUGUGUAUUUAUAAGAACUUUUGCGAAUCUAUACCCUAUCCCUAAUUCAAUACAAAUAAAUGUUCAAUGUGUGUAAAAAACUUA